AAAACCAAAAGGAAGGGAAUCGACGGGUGGGGGUGAGAAAGUAAGGAAUGUCGGGGGGCGCAUUUAUUUAUCUAAUUAUUACUACUACUAUUUAAAAGUUCGCACAAAGACCUCAACGCGCGCGCGCACAAAGUUGCAUACACAUUUUUAAGAAAAUAAAACUUGCCCGUCGACCGAAGCGUUUCGUCGCUAACUUUUUUUUUAAAACGACUAAUAAGAACUGUUGUCACACACACACACAACAACAACAACACACAUAACGCAAACUAUUCGUGCCACCACCACCAACCACAACCACCACCACCGAACUCAAAGGAAUGGGGGAGACCGCCCGCUGGAACGCUUCUCUCGCCUCGCUCUGAUCGAGGAAGCAGGUGGAUGGCUUCACUCUUCUGGCAAAUCCCCCGAUGGUGCUGGUUGAUGUCAUUACCAGCGACACGACACGGCACUGAAAUUGUAAAUGUUGUGGAUUUACUCUCCAACACACCGGAGUCACGUGACCAGGAGACAUGGUUGCUAUGGUAACGUUUAGCAGCACCUUGGCUGUAUAUGGAUACAUACGGGGCGCUCCCGAGCGAGCGGCCCUUGUCUUCGUGCUCGGCGUCUUCCUGGGCCUCGUCUCGGCCGUCCUCUCCCUGUCGGCCCGCCGCGUCCCCCGCCCCUCCCCCGCCUCCCCCUCGCCCGCCGCCCCGUCCCCUCCGUCCCACCCCCACCGCCGCUCGUCCACUCCCUCCCCGCCGUCGCCUUCUCCCGACGGCGACGACGGCGGAGGCGGCGGCGACGACGACGCGGCGGCGACGGCGGCGGCGGCGGCGGCUGCGAGCGAGUCUCGGCGCCCCCUUCGCGACGUCUUCUCGGACCCCGAGGAGGCGGAGAUGGCGCGGCGUGUGGAGCAGAGGGAGAACAUCAUCAACGACAUCGUGCGCGUCGGAGGCGGGGGAGGAGUCGGAGGAGGAGGAGGAGGAGGAGUCAGCGGGGAAGGAGGCGGAGUCAGCGGGGGAGGAGGCGGUGCCCCACGGCGGCAGUGGCACAGCCUCUCGCGGCAGCAGCCCGGCGGCUGCGGCGGCGGCGGCGGCGGCGGCGGCGGCGCCCGGGGGGCCGCCCAGCAGUGGCACACGCUGGGGCCGCAGCACAGCGGCGCUGGCGAGCAGCAGCAGUGGCACGCGCUGGCACGCCGGCCGCGGGCGAACGCGCGCGAGUUUGCGUUCCCGGUCGCGGGUUACAGCCACACGCUGCCACGGUAGUGGCACGUUUUGUUUGGGGGGUAGUGGCACGCUCGGAUUAUGGGGGGAGUGGCACAAGUGCAUUGUGGGGGGGAGUGACACGAGUGGAUUAUGGGGGGAGUGUCACAGGUGCAUUAUGGGGGGAGUGACACAAGUGCAUUGUGGGGGGGGAGUGUCACAAGUGGAUUAUGGGGGCGUGACACAAGUGCAUUGUGGGGGGAGUGACACAAGUGGAUUAUGGGGGCGUGACACAAGUGCAUUGUGGGGGGAGUGACACAAGUGGAUUAUGGGGGAGUGACACAAGUGCAUUGUGGGGGGAGUGACACAAGUGCAUUAUGGGGGGCGUGGCACAAGUGCAUUAUGGGAGAGUGACACAAGUGCAUUAUGGGGGGAGUGACGCAAGUGCAUUAUGGGGGGAGUGACACAAGUGCAUUAUGGGGGAGUGUCACAAGUGCUUUGUGGGGGGAGUGACACAAGUGGAUUAAGGGGGGCGUGGCACGCGCAGAUCAGGGGGCGUGGCACACGCGGAUCAGGGGGCGUGGCACACGCGGAUCAGGGGGCGUGGCACACGUGGGGAUCAGGGGGCGUGGCAC